AUGGUUGUUGACUAUCAAAACAUACAAAUACAUGGUUUUUGCGACGCUAGUAAUAUCGGUUACGGCGCGUGUAUAUACGUUCGCUCAUGUGGACCACAGGGGAAUGUUGCUGUCAGAUUAUUAUGCGGCAAAUCGCGAGUCGCGCCAUUAAAACCCGUCACCAUACCUCGACUCGAACUGUGCGGCGCGUUAUUGCUGGCACAACUCUAUCAAGAAGUGAGCCAUGCGUUGCAGCUUAAAAUCGACAAGGCCGUUUUUUGGUGUGAUUCGACCAUCGUAUUACACUGGUUGAAUACCUCCCCACAUCUGUUAAAGGUAUACGUGGCAAAUCGCGUCGCGACUGUUCAGGAAAUCACUGGUUCUCACCAAUGGCGAUAUAUUAAAUCGAAAGAAAAUCCCGCGGAUUCAAUUUCUAGAGAACAGUUGCCAUACGAUUUCUCACAAAAUCAGCUAUGGUUUUCAGGACCUACGUGGCUUACCGAGAACGAGCAUGAUUGGCCUAACGAAUCUAUUUGCGCAACUGAGGUUCCCGAGUUAAAGAAAAACGUAUGUUUUGUGUCCAUGCAUGGUAACCUUGACAUCUUCGACAGAUAUUCGUCUUACUCUAAAUUGCUUAGAAUCAUAGCUUAUUGCUUGCGCGUUCGGCCCACUAAUAAGCAUACGGGUGCGUUAUGCGUUAAAGAAAUUAAUGAAGCAGAGAUACGGGUAUUGAAGUUAUUGCAAAUCACUAGAUUUCCCGACAAAAUCAAAAUACUAAGCAAAACCUCAAUGCAAAAGAGCAAAUUCGCUGAAUUAAAUCCAUUCUUAGACGAAAAUGGUUUGAUUCGCGUCGGCGGGCGUCUUCAAAAAUCAGAUCUCACCUUCGCGGUAAAACAUCCGGUUUUGUUCCCCACUCGACACUGUUUGACUGAUCGUAUUAUUCGCGAAGUUCACGAAAACCAUCACCAUACGGGUAUACAAACAACGUUGUAUAAUAUUCGCCAAAGAUUUUGGCUACCGGGCGGAAUGAGGUGCGAAAAAUCGUCCGAUCGUGUGUGCGUUGUUUCCGGUUUGAGCCCAACACAGUCGAAUAUAGGAUGGGAAAUCUUCCUGCAGUUCGUGUACGCGGGGCCUUACCGUUUGCCAACACUGGCAUUGAUUAUUGCGGACCGUUCCAUAUAA